UUGAAUACAGUGCAGAUUGAAUUAAAGUCUCUGAAAUGCGAAUUCACGCUUCCUGGUCACCGACAAGAGGAAUUCCAAAAGUCUGAACAUUAUGACAAGACCAAUUUUCUUGAUGAGAUGAAUAGACCGCAUGACAUCUCAUCAACUCAAAGACAUAGUUAUUCUCAUGCUCUGAUUCAUCGCUCUCGUCUUGAGCAGCGUCUGCGGAAUAUCGAGCGAAAAAUAUCUAUAGUAGCGCGGAAACGAGCGAUAAUUGAGAAGCGAGUAGUAUAUGAAGAUCGCGAACAUAUUGAGGAACGAGUCAAGAAUCUCGAGUUGAUACAAGCGGAACUCUCGCAGAAAGUAUCCAACACUAGUCGAGAUCUAGUAUCGAUGAAUGAAAUGGAUAAGUCGGUGAUGCGACUGUACGAUUCAGUGCGGUUGCUCGAGGAAGCUGUUUACACUAAUCGCUCAGAAGUAAAGCAAGAACUGGCGAAAUUAGAUAUAAAUGCGGCACGAAAAGCAGCUGAGCUAUCACUGACCAGAGAGGAGCUCGGCAACCUUCGCCGCACAGUUCAAGCACUGAGUGUAAGCGCGUCGCAACUACAGGAGAAAAAUGACGCACAGCGGAAAAGCCUAGAUGCCAUGAACGAGACGCUCAGCCGUCUAGAUCUUAACAGGAACUUGGCUCGGGCGACGAACGUCACGCACGAGCUAGAACAGGUGGAAGAUCAAUAUCGUCUCAUGGUAGAUUCACUUCCAGGCAAUUGCAAGGAACGCGACGGUCUGACUCUGUUGACGCCAGGUCCCGGAGCGCCCUUAUUGACUUUCUGCCAUGCCGGCUGGAUCAUUGUAGCACGCAGAAUCGACGGUACAGUAGACUUUGACCGCACCUGGAACGAGUAUUCAAUCGGAUUUGGCUCACCCGUUAGCGAAUUUUGGAUCGGCAAUGAAGCACUACAUCGGCUUACUCGUGAUAACUGCAGCAAGUUGCGAGUCGACUUGACCGACACUUACGGUAUGCAUUGGCUCGCUGAAUACGAGCACUUUACGGUCGACUCGGAAGAAUCUGGAUAUCGGUUACAUGUGUCUGGCUACUCAGGCAAUGCAACCGACGCGCUGACCUAUCAAGAUAAUAUGGCGUUCAGCGCCAAGGACCGCGAUAUGGAUAUCAGCACGACCGACUGUGCGGCCAACUAUCGUGGCGGAUGGUGGUUCAGUCAUUGUCAGCACGCAAAUCUCAAUGGCAGAUACUCGUUGGGUCUCACAUGGUUCCAGUCAACCACCAAUGAGUGGAUGGUUGUUGCGUCUUCCGAGAUGUCGGUGCAACAAAAGCAGAACUGUUCAUAGUUUCCAAAAAAAAAAAAAAAAGAAAAACAGGACUAUGCCCAAUUUGAGUCUCGGCCUCGAGUGGACGGUAAUGAAGAGAGAAUAUUCACAAAGUAUGAAAUAAGUUUUAAUUGCCAAAUUGAAGUCUGGCGAACGUGAGGUUCUUAUUUCUCUUCAGAUUCUUCUUCCUCACUGGAGCUAUUUAAUAUUAUAAAAACAUUAUUGGCUUUUGCUGGCACAUGAAUAUUUUUGUCAAAGUAUUGGGCAUAUUCCCCAAAUACUAUAUGAUUGUUAUUACAGCACCCAACCGACAUCCAUUUUUGCAAAAGCAGUAAUAAUCUAUAAUGGCUUCUUCACCAUUACGUUUUACCGAAACAUAUACAUAGUAGCAAGUACGAUUCGAUUAAAUAUAUUUCAAUGUCUUUGAUACAAUUCGUUACCGCCGUCAUCGCGAGGAAGUGUCUUGGAUAAAUAAAGAAAACUCGGACAAAACCAGUGGUCAUACAUAGUCAUAAUAGCAAAUUUUGGAUAGCUCUAGCAUAUUCAGGGAAACUCAUUUUAAGGUUGUGCCUAUGGAACUUUUUAAAUACUUUCUUGAUAUCUUACAAAUGUAGCCAGGUUUCAAUGCUGUUCACUAAUGAUCCAAUUUACAUAAAAAAAACUAGACAUAGAUUUUUGUUUAGUACACGAUUUAACGAAACAAUGAUAUUAUUUUCAAGAAAAGUUCUCUAAAAAAGUUCUUUUCUGUACGAUUUGAAUCGUACUCCACAUGUUUAUAGUCAACGAAAAUGUUGAUUAGAAUACCAAAGAAUGAUAAGUAUAAUUAAAAAAUUUUAAUGUAAAUAAUUCUGUGUGUAUUUACGAAUAACCGAGUGAAUGUGCGAUAUAUGUAUAUUACUUUUUACAUUUGUACACUAAUAAAAAGUUACAACGCAUUAUCAAUUA